UUAUCCAGAAAUUUCCCAAACCCACCACACUUCAUGGUGUCAGAGCACAGGCGGGAGGCGAUGCUGGGUUCUGUAGGUCGCCGGCGGUGAAUCGGCAGCGUGGGGCGGAGCUCCGGGCAUCCAGGGUGGUUGUUGGCGCGCGUGUGCUGUGCGGGGCACUGGAGGCGGGACCGGCGGCGGUAGAGGCGCGCCUGGAGAGGGCCGGCGGGCGCGGCUGCGUGCGAGCGCGCGGGCUGCCUGCGGAGCGCCUGGAGGGGAUUGGAGGCUACAGGCGGCACUGCUCUCUCCCGUGAAGAGGUGCGCACGCGCGAAGUGCUCCUGGUGCUGCGGGUGCUACUGUGUGUGGCAGAGGGCAGAGGAAGGAGGCGGCUGCGCCAGGGGAGAGGCCAAGUACUGGCUGGUUUGCUGCUUGUGCGGCUGGCUUGCUGGUGCUGGAGAAAGACUGAGAACAGUCUGCAGUUGCUGCUGCUUACUGUUGGUGCGGCAGAGGGUGCUCUUUGCACUGCUGCUGCUUGUGGCUGCUGUGUGCUGGAACUGCUGUUGUUUGCAGAGGAGAAGGAGGAAGAUGCUGUUGUUGCUGCUUGCAAGUGCUGCUGCUGACUCUGUUGCUGCUGGUGGUGUACUACAGUGGAGUUAGCAGAGAAGAGGAGGUAAGAGCUCCUGGAUUGAUUUGGUGCUGCUGUGUGAGGGGCUGCUAGAUAGCGUACUGAGGAAGAAGGAAAGUUCUUGCCUGCUGUGAUUGAGGCAAGACAUGGGAGAAAAUCAGGGACUUGAGAAGGCAAUUGAAAAAUUGGCUGAGCUCCUAACAGCCAAGAUAGGAGCUGCAGCAUCUCUAAAUAAUGCAAUUGUUCCUCACAUUGAGCCAAUUCAGAAAAUUGACUUGAUGCCAAAUGAAAUUAAGCUGGAAGGUGUUACGAAUUAUUUGAGCUGGUCAAGAAGGGCGCUACUCAUCUUGAGGACUAAAGGGCUUGAGGGCUUUGUCAGUGGUGAGGCAGAGGAGCCAGGAGACAAGAAAACUUCAGAAUGGAGGACAUGGAGCAGUACCAACUCUUUGAUAGUGGCAUGGUUGUUGAACUCCUUGUCUCCAACCAUUGCUGCAACUGUUGAGACUAUCUCAACUGCUACUGAGGCAUGGAAAACCCUCUCAAAACUGUACUCAGGUGAAGGGAAUGUGAUGUUAAUAGCUGAAACAGAGGAGAGAGUUGGUGAACUCAGACAAGGGGAAAAUUCUGUGAUGGAGUAUGUUGUUGAACUGCAGCAUUUGUGGGAUGAUUUAGAUCACUAUGAUCCUCUAGAUUUGCCACAUGCAGAUUGCAUAGCAGCUGCUAGAAAAUGGAUUGAACGCAGACGAGUGAUGCAGUUUCUCAAAGGAUUGAACUCUGAAUUUGAGGCGAGACGUGCUACUUUAUUUCAUCAACCUACUCUACCUGCCUUAGAGGAUGCCAUAGCAGCAAUGGCACAGGAGGAGGUCCGAUUAAAGUUGAUGAAGAACAAUACAACGACUCCAUCUCAUCCAGCCUUCAUAGCAACCGACUAUAAGAGCAGAGAGUGCUUCAACUGCGGUGAGAAGGGUCAUUUGAUUCGUUCUUGCAUGGCUCCACGUAGGAACAUGCGUGGAAGGGUGAGAGGAUAUAACCGAGGUGGAUUAAGGGGAGGUCGAGGCCGGGGAUACUCUGGUGGUCAAAGGGCAAAUGUGGCAGUCUCAGAAGAAGGAUCCUCACUCGCAACCCAAGAAGAAUCAAAGAAAAGAACAGAAAGCACAGGUGAUAAGGAUCAUGAGGAUUGUAUUUACGGCAACUUUGCUCACUUUGUAUCUACAGAUGAAGGAGAGGCAAACGGGGAAGAGGCUUGGGACUGGAACCAGGCGUAAUGGGCUAUGGUACAUGGAUCGCAAGGUGCCAAAUAAUGCGGUGUCUAUGAUGUUAGCAACAAUGAUGGGAGAAAAGGAAACACAGGUAAUGCUUCACCAUUGUAGAAUGGACAUAUGUCUUUUGAGAAGAUGAGUAAAGUCUUUCCUGAUGUAAUGUGUGGGGUGGAUAAGAACAAGCUUGUGUGUGAUGCAUGUGAGUUUGCUAAACACACAAGGACAUCUUAUGUGAGUAAGGGUCUUAGGAGUAUUUCCCCUUUUAUGCUUGUUCACUCAGAUGUGUGGACAUGUCCUGUUAUCUCUCUAAGUGGAAUGAAGU